CCGUCCCCGCCUUGCCUCUCCGCGCUCUCCCUGGCCACCGCGCCGUCCACGCCGACUCGCCCCACGACGACCACCGCGCCGUCGCUCCCCCCUCAUCUUGAAUGCCGGCGUGGUGGCGCGCCACCGGGAGCUGCGCCUCCAGCCACCAAGAUGGUCACCCGGAUCGAUUCACCUCCAGCGAGAAGCCGGGGGGGAUUUCCACUUAGCCGGGAGCGCCACCCACCACGCAGCAGCAGCAGCAGAUGAAUUUCCACUUAGGAUUAGUCGGGCUGGAUUUCAACAAGCCAGUACUCCAAUUUUAUUAAGCCAGUACCCCAAUUUCAAGAUGAUCCAAUAUGCUGAAAAACACCAAGUGGAAAUUGCAUGCUGUUUGACUUAGCAUGCCCGGAUGUUGCCAAGAGGCAAGGAUUGUUCGAAGCAACACCAACACAUUUUAUUCUUCAUGACAUGCACAUACAUCUUUCACUGGAGCGCAUUGCCAACAUGCCUGAUUACCAAAGCUACUGCAUCACCGUUGCUUCAGUGUGUAGCCUCAUCUCCGAGUACGAUGUGAUCCGCACCUAUUGUUUACUUGAUAUUAUUGGUCACAGGUCUUUGUUUGCUGCUUUCUUGGCAUUGCCGUGGGAUCCUGGACAGCAAACAAAUGCUGGUACCAAAUACCUAGCUAGCAUUGGUAUAACUGCAGCUAUUUGUGUUCGACCUCUCAGUUGUUCAUGGACUUCAGUUGAGUUGAAAGCCUGGUCUCCAUCGUUGCGGCAUGUUCCUGGUCAACAUUACAUGUGGCUGAUGAUUUGGAGGAUAACUGACGAUAGACCUAUUACUGCAUGUUUGGUUAUGCUACAGACCACUGAAUUUUGUUCCAAAGAAGUGAGCUCAUGGAAGAUAUCUGGUUUCAAUAUCAUUAUCAGUAUCCAAGCUGACUACUGGUAUGCGUGCUCUGUUCCUGACAAUACAUAUCUGCAAUCCAUGGCCGAGUGCUCUCCUGCUGAGAUGCUGACUUUGGAUCCAGGUGACAGUGUAUGGAUUCCUGUUGCAUAUGUUGUUGUUACCGAUGGCGUAUGGACCGUCAUGUACUUCUGGGUGUUCCUCGUUCUUCCACGGGCAUUUCAGUUCCUUGCUUAUGUUGCCAUUUGGAGCUCCUGCAGUGUGGAGUUUUGUCAAGGCAAGUUGUCAGGGGAUCCAGGCAUCUGGGCCCUUCUCUAUUUCCUGGGACUUUUCACUCAAGCUGAAGUCAUAGGAAGGAGGAAUGUUGUAGCUCCAACCUAUUACCACGGCCACUGCCUCAACCAUGCUCUGACAACGUCUCUGUCAACCAACACUAUUACCUUGAUGCUUUCUGUGACCAAGUGAACAUCAGCGACGACUACUUUCUUGAGCAAGUCAGCGUUGUUUGCUACCUCAACCUCGCCAAGUUCCGCCUCAACUACGGCACCCACCGGCCACCGCCACCUUGGCGAAGUCAUGAAGCACCAAGUACCAUGGGAUCCCUUUGGUUUCCACAUUGAGUUGGCUUGAGGGCAAGCCGAAAUUUAAGGAAGAGGGAAUGUCAGCGGCCUCACUCUCUGUAGCUGGGCCGUACAGAGGGGUGCCUCUUGGGCCCGGGCCUGCCAGCAAACUACUACUCCCUCCGUCCGAUAAUGUAGGACGUUUUUUGACACCACACUAGUGUCAAAAAACGUCUUACAUUAUGGGACGGAGGGAGUACAUGAGAUGAGUACAAAUAGAACAGAAAGGCAUCUGAAGACGGGGACGAACGGAAGGGCUUCGGCCUCAGCGUGGCGUGGUGUCGUCUUCUCCGCUUUCCCGUUCCUGUACUGCUCGUCUUCCUCCCCUAUCCCCUCCAUGAAUUCCAUUAGUUAGCUUCCAAUUCCUCCAUCAAUGGCUUGCAACCUUUGAAUCAUAGCUGGGUUGUUAACAUUUACGCUGAUUCUUCAGUUCAGUUAAGUUGAGACACCCAAUUCCUCUGUCCCUCAUCUGAAAUCUCUUCUUCAGUUAAGUUGAGACACCCAAUUCACCUGUCCCUCUUCUUAAAUCUCUUCUUCAGUUAAGUUGAGACACCAAAUUCCUCUGUCCCUCAUCUAAAAUCUCUUAUUCAGUCUAGCUUGAGACAGAGUUUUUUGCUUCCCCCGUCCCGCAACGGCAGCCGCAACAUCAGGUUCAACAGUAUCAUCAGUUUCGCAUAAUUUCUUGAAAAAAAAAUCUGUUGCCAUUUCCUCAAUCUGCUUCUUUUCCUGAACCAAGUUCCCCUCUGCAUCUUUUAGUUUCCCUGAUCUUAUUUUUCCUCUGUCGACAUGCGGCUUUUCAUUGAAAAUACAUAUGCUGAUUUGUUCCCCCUCUCUGAUAGUAGUGACUCGAGCGCGUUGGCGCCAUAGCAUCUUCUCUUCUCUGUACAGAUAUAUUCAUCCAACUCAUUUGAGCUCUGAACCAGACUUGUGCCUUAGCUUCUGAGUUCUGAACUCUGAACCAGUUUUUUUUUUCUACUUCAGUUCAGUUAAGUUGGGACACCCAAUUCCUCUGCUCCUCGUCUGAACUUUCUUCUUCAGUUAACUUGACUGUGGAAUAUCACAUUGGAUGUCCAAAGGAACAACAAUGUACUGCGCCGUAUUGACUGUGGGGUAAACUUUUUUUAGGUGUUUCAUUUGGCAAAAGAAAAUAAUAACAUUUUGAAAAAAGGGGGCUCAGUUAAGGAAAGAGGGGACUUUUUUGGCCCUGAACUGAACUGAACGGAAGGAAAGAGGGCUUGCUGAGCCUCCCCUGUUCCUCCCUUCAAAUACCCCCCCUCCCGCCCCAACCAACAAACGCAACGGCCCCAACCAACAAACGCAAUCCCCCUCCCACCGUCGCAAGAUAUCCGAGGCAACUCACCCCGUCCCAAGAAAUUCUAGCCAAGAAACCGGAAGCAAUCUCUGUCCGCCUCCAAUGGCCCAGGAGGCCAAUUGCGACGGCGAGCCUGCGAUGGAGUCGGCCGCCCUCGUCCCCGGGCCGCCGGCUGCCACCCCGCCCCCCUGGACGGACGAGGGGUCUCUCCAGUUGCUGGAGAUCCUGCGCCUCCAUCUCCGGGGUGUCCCGCACUGGAUCAUCCCCCGCUACGUCAUCACCGGGGUGGACCUCUACGAUCGGGAGCCCCAAGAGCUCCUCCGCGCCCACCCCUCCGCCGCCUCGACCGACGGCAAGAAGGCGCUCUACUUCCUCAACCGCGUCCGGGCCAAGGCCAAGAACGAUGGCUGGAAAUGCCGUAUGGCUUCCGGCGGCACAUGGAAGUCCGAGCGUGCGCCGGUGGACAUAUGGGGCGCCUCCCGCAUCGCCGGCACCCACCAGAACCUGUCCUUCAUCAUCAAGGGACCCAAGGGAGAGGACCUGCGCUCCGGCUACAUCGCCCAGGAGUUUGCGCUCGCCGGCCACGCUGGUCGCCUCGCCGGCGGCGACCAGCUCGUGCUGACCAAGGUGUACUUCACCCCGCGGGGAGAAGAGGCCGUCUCCAAGGCCAAGGAACGCGUGAUGGCCAAGGCAAAGCGCAAGAAGACGGCCGCCGCCGCCUCCUCCUCCUCCCGGGCGCCUCUUCCGCCCGCAGCCGCCUCCUCCCCUGCUCCCGGCAAGACGCCGGCUCCCAUUGCCGCCUCCUCGCCGGCUCCCCCCAAGAAGGCGGAUGCCCCUUCGUCCUCAUCGCCGGCGCUCAUCGACCAGGCAGUCUCCGACUCGUCCGCGGGAGGAUCCACCUCAUCCACAAGGUUGCUGCUGUUGGAGGUGGGUGACUCCCCAGUAAGCCAAGCCCAGGACUUCUCGAUCCGGCACAUCCUCAGGGCAGCGGAGCUGGUAGGCUCCUCGCUGCCCUUGAACAAAAGGAAGCCUGUCCCAUUUAGUUGUGAUGGCUUGUUCUUGCUCCAGGAAGGGCCCAGGAAGAAGUUUCCAUCAUCUCCAUAGAAAUCCUAGACAAUGUAGGGGCAGUGAUCCUGGUUACCGAGAAAACUCAUCUGUGAUGUUAAUUCUUGAAUACUUUGAGUUCAUUUCGAUGAAACUAAUGCUAGUUUUGCCUGAUGAAACAAAUUCUUGCUCUUCAUACUGUCUGGAUGCUGGUUUGGUCUUGUUCUUUACGGAGAUCGUUAUAUUUGUCUUGCUGCAUUUUUCCUUUUUCCUGUUGUAAUCACAGCAGACAAGUGGUUCUUGUAGAAAGGAGUUUCUACUCUGGCCUUUUCAUCAUUUUAGAGAAUUUCUUAUCUCUGGUGUAUUGCAGAAGGGCUUGAUGUGGAUAUGUUGAUAUGUAUGUGUCUGAUGCUCUUGCUAACAACUUCUGAUUUGUAUGUCAAGGUGUAAAAUUGCAUGUUUAACAAGCACUCUGCUCUUAUGUAUCAUUUUUGUUUAGCAAGCACUAUCAUUUUUGUUUAACAAGCACUCUGCUCUGAUGCUCUGAUGUAUCAUAGACAUCUAGGGGCAGUUAUCCUGCUUACUGAGAAAACUGAUCAGUGGUGUUAAUUCUUGAAUACUUUGAGUUCAUUUCGAUGAAACUAAUGCUCUUUUUGCCCGAUCAUACAAAAUACUUGUUCUUUAUUACCGUGUUUUCAGACAUAAUUGUUCUUGUUCUUUAUACUGUCUAGUCUUGUUCUUUAUACUUGUUCUUUACGGAGAUUGCUAUAUUUGUGUUGCUGCUUUCUCCUUUGUCCUGCUGUAAUCACAGCACAGACAAGUGGCUCUUGUAUGAGGAUUGACUUUCUACUAUAUCUGGUGUUGAGCAUGAGGACUGACUGAUUUUGCUGGGUCCCCACUGUUGCUUCACUAUCAGUAGUACUUCCUCCGUCCCAUAAUAUAAGAGCGUUUUUGACACUACACUAGUAUAAAAAAUGCUCUUAUAUUAUGGGACGGAGGGAGUAGCUUCUAGUGCAGCAGAAGACACUGGAAAUUCAGUUUCCCCAUUCUGCAUCAGAUUGUUGAAAGGGGUAUUCUAACUGAAAAGGUGGACUGAGGUACAAUUUCUAUUAUUGAUGCAGAGAGGAGGCUCUUGGUAAAUGUUCUACAAGUUGAUGAUAACCAGCAUUUUGUUUUGCUCUCUGAGAGGAGAACAUUGCCCAUGCUCCUCACAUAUUAUAAAGCUUUCCAACAAAUUAUUGUCUACCUUGUAUGAGGAUUGACUUUCUACUAUAUCUGGUGUUGAGCAUGAGGACUGACUGAUUUUGCUGGGUCCCCACUGUUGCUUCACUAUCAGUAGUAGCUUCUAGUGCAGCAGAGUACAUCGGAAAUUCAGUUUCCCCAUUCUGCAUGAGAUUGUUGAAAGGGAUAUUCUAACUGAAAAGAGAGGAGGCUCUUGGCAAAUGCACUACAAGUUGAUGAUAACCAGCAUUUUGCUUUGCUCCCUGAGAGGAAGUGUCAAUGUCCCCCCUUCCAGAAAAACAUAGGAGCGCAAAUGACCGCACAUGAGGCAUGCCAACUUCUAAUGGAAGUCAUGCCGGGAAGAGGCGAAUUCCAUGCCAACCAUGCUGUGUGUAUAUGUGAAAGGACCGACUGAACUUCAGUACUCAAAUCGAAUCCUGGUGGUAACUAGCUCGUUGGUGAACUUUGUGGAUCUGCGGAUGGAUCUGACACUGAAUAUGAUCCCACAGGGACAGCGAAAGAGAUGAUCACUGAAGAUGACACUGCUACAGGAGAGGAAUUCCGAAGAUGAUCCAACCGUGGUACAAGAGAUGAUUCUUUGAUCAGACAAGAGGUUUCUGAGCUGGAGUAGAUCCUUAUUAGUUGAGUUAUCUUGCAGCUCGAAGGAAUUAUUUGCAUACAAGUGUUGUACGUUGUAAUCUCCUCUGUUUUAUGAAUUUCGGUGUAAGCAUGAAACUUUACUUCUUACUAUUAUUAUUAUUUUUUGCAGGCAAUUCUUACUACUA